GACCGUAGACGGCCGGGGAAAAUGGAGCUGCCGGCCGCCGCCGUGGCGCCGAGUGGGAACUUCACGAUGGCCUCACGUGCACGCCUCCGACUACACCACCAGUCUAGCUCUGACGGCCUCUCCCGCCACCACUACAAUUAUUCGCACCUAGAACUCAUUGCCUGCCGCCGUCGCGCCUCUGAUGAGAAGAGAACACCGGCCGCCGAAUCAAGAGGUUUCGUCUCGUCAGUUGCCACGCUGCAGCAGCCUGCCUACAUAGAUAGACCGGGCCCCUGAAUCCGGUAGAGUCCGUCUGUUCCAACCGCAAGGCGCACCCCUCCGCCCUCAACCAAUAUUCCAUGCCGCACGAGUCUCCGGAUCAGGCAACUCAGGCCAGGGUCUCCGGCGUCCAUAUACGGAGGUCGGUAGUCGGCUCGCACCACUCAACACCCUACCCGGGCCGGCCCCUCCUCAACGUUGCUUCGCUGGCGGCCAAGGUGCCUUUUGGAGCUUUGCGACAUGUCAUUUUUGUCGUUUCUUUCUCGACAGAGGGGACAUUCGCAAACGAGAAGAGGAGGCGGUUGGAAACUUGGUGCCGUAGUAAGCCUGAGAGGGGCUUCAGAGACACGUUGCUACGCCGGUCAGUCUUGGAAUGUGCAGCUGUCCCGAUGCGGUCGCUGAUGAUCACGACUUAUUGCCUGGUCCGCUGCGGAACGCGUCUCAUGGUGGCUCAGGUCUUGUUUCUACGAUGCAACGGCUGCUUGCAUGGAGAAGCCACCUUGCGCCGUGUCUGCAGCGAAAGCUGUUUGCUACGCCUCUCUCACGCCGCCGGCUCACCGACGUUCCCUCCCACCCUGUCUGACAAUCCUCCGCCUUACUGCUUUCUUCACCUCGUGCAGCCUGCAGAUGUACACCAGCGUCACGGGAUCCCCUUUUGCUGAUUACGCUAUUGAUCUCAUUCUAGCCUGCGCUAUUGCCGUGCCCUGGCCGUCUUUCCUACGUACCAAAAGACCGGGG